UGACAUUCCGAGAUCAAAACAUAACCUCAAACGUUCGCUCCUUUUUUAUAUUUUGAAAAAAAAAAAAACAGAUUAUUACGAUUUGUAUUGCAACAGUAAAGCUACAGUAAAAUGAGAGAAGCUGUACUUUCCAAUUGUGAAAAAUCAUUUGUGCAGAAGAUAGUUUCAGGUGGACAUCGUCUUGAUGGUCGGACUUAUAAUGAAACCAGAAAGCUCCACAUUGCGUUUGGUUCAGAUUAUGGAAGUUGCAUUGUAUCUUUAGGAGAAACAAAAGUAUUAGCACAAGUAUCAUGUGAGGUAGUUCAACCCAAACAAAUUAGACCAAAUGAAGGUAUCCUGUACAUUAAUGUGGAGAUCAGCCCAAUGGCUGCCCCACAAUUCGAAGCCAAUAGACAAACAGAUCUCACAGUGUAUCUCAACAGAUUACUUGAAAAAUGUUACAAGGAUUCCAAGUGCAUUGACCUUGAGUCAUUAUGUAUUGUAGUAGAAGAAAAGGUUUGGUCAUUACGAGUUGAUAUAAAAAUUCUUAACCACGAAGGGAACCUCAUAGAAUGUGCAAGUAUUGCGACACUUGCAUCUUUAGCUCAUUUCAAACGUCCAGAUGUCACAAGAAGUGGAGACAAAAUAAUAAUUCACACUGUCGCUGAAAAAGAUCCAAUUCCAACAGUGCUAUAUCAUUAUCCUGUAUGUUUGACUUUUGCUAUAUUUGGAAGCAAUAUUCUGCUCUCCGACCCAAGUUUUAUAGAGGAGUCAGUUUGCAUGUGCAAUGUGGAGGAAGGUAACACUGGCGGCGGCCUGCUGGUUGUUGGCAUGAACCAAUAUAAGGAACCAUGUCUCUUGGACCUGACUGGUGGGGCCAUAGAUAAUGUUAAUCUAGUACACAAGGCAAUAUUAAGAGCUGCAGAGAAAGGGAAAGAAGUUAUUGAUGUAUUAAAAAAAACAAUAAUCAGUGAUGAUACAUUGAGACAAAAAAGAGUUAAGAUAAAUUUUGGCGAUGUCAUAACAAAUGAACAUAAACAAUCUCUGUGCAAAAAGGAUUUGAGCAUAUGUUUGAAGAAUUAUAAUGUAAAUGAUGUAAAGAUGGAAACCGAAGAAGAUAUUUCUGAUGACAUAGAAGAAGUUAAGGAACCAAGCAAAUAUGAUGUUGUUAAAUCCUUGCCGCAAACAGCAGAAAUGAAAGUCAAGACAGCUGCGUCUUCAUGGAUUGAAAUAUCAUCAGAGUCGGAAGAAGACUGAAGAAAUCAAAGAUAUGUUUUCAAUUAAAAUGUAAUAAAAAUUACAUUUUA